CGAUUUUUCCCCAUUGUUUGCUGCCCACAGUGGGAAAAAAGAGCUUAUUUUUUGUACUUUUUAUCUAUUAUUUACCCUACAUCAUGUCAGCACUCUACAAUGACGAACGACCCUCUAUAUUCGUUAUCCCAAAUCCUCUGAGUUUUCUCGCUCACAAAGGCCGCACCAUCGGAUCCUAUUUAGCAGGAGGAUUGGUGGCUCUUGGUUGGUGGAUAUUUAUUGAUGCUGUUAUCCAAGCUUCAUCCGAUCAUACCGACGACGCUGUAAAGAUGGGAUUCGAAGAUUGGUUCAGCGGUAUUCUAACUUCCCUUGGCAUGCUGGUCAUCAACCUUAUCGACAAAUCACGGCUUCAAGGAGAGGCGUUUUCUUAUGCGGGCAGCAACCUUGUGUGGAAAGCUCGGCUAUUCUUGUUUCUUGGUUUUGCAUUGAUUGCCGGAGGUUUUGCCGGUUCGGUGUGCGUUUUGAUUAUCAAAUACGUGGUGAAUCACGAUUCAGCACAGCCUUACUUGUAUUACGGCGUAGCGGCUGUCGUGCAAUGUACUUUAUUGAUGUUUAGUUCUGCUAUUUUAUGGGUCGCACAGAGCACACAAGAGGAAUAUGAGUACAAUGUUCGUUUGUAGAUAAAUAGAUUAUAAUCUUUUCAAGUUACUUUCCAUGGUAAUGAAAUAAAAAAAG